GCUGUGACUAGAAAAGCAGGUGAACUCUAUUAGGCUGAUUAUCUGUAUUAAGGUGAGGAGGGCUAUUUAAGGGGUAACUGCUUAGGAUUUUCAGGGUUGAGGUUGUUCAGGUGUGCCUAAUAGUUGUAACAAUGAGGGAGUGCAUUUCUGUUCACAUCGGACAAGCGGGCGUCCAGAUGGGCAACUCCUGCUGGGAGCUGUACUGUUUGGAGCAUGGCUUCCUGCCAGAUGGAACAGUGCAUGCAUCCAACGCUGCCUCCCUGGCCGACACGUCCUUCGGUACUUUCUUCACUGAAACCGGUACCGGGAAGUACGUCCCCAGAGCCAUCUUUAUUGAUCUGGAGCCGUCGGUCGUGGAUGAAGUACGAAAUGGUGCCUAUCGUCAGUUGUACCACCCUGAGCAACUGAUCAGUGGCAAGGAGGAUGCAGCUAACAACUAUGCCCGCGGGCACUACACCAUCGGCAAGGAGAUUGUGGAAUCCGUCAUUGACAGGAUGCGUAAAAUGGCGGACCAGUGCACCGGACUGCAGGGCUUCCUCAUCUUUCACAGCUUUGGCGGGGGGACCGGGUCUGGUUUCACCUCCCUGCUGAUGGAGCGUCUGUCUGUGGACUACGGGAAGAAGUCCAAGCUGGAGUUCUCGGUUUACCCUGCCCCCCAGGUGUCCACAGCUGUGGUGGAGCCCUACAACUCCAUCCUGACCACCCACACCACCCUGGAGCACUCGGACUGCUCCUUCAUGGUGGACAAUGAGGCCAUCUUUGACAUCUGCAAGCGCAACGUGGGGGUGGAGCGUCCCUCCUACACCAACCUCAACCGCCUGAUUGCCCAGAUCGUGUCCUCCAUAACUGCCUCCCUGCGUUUUGAUGGUGCCCUCAACGUGGACCUGACAGAGUUCCAGACCAACCUGGUGCCCUACCCCCGCAUCCACUUCCCCCUGGUGACCUACGCCCCCAUCAUCUCAGCCGAGAAGGCCUACCACGAGCAGCUCUCCGUAUCCGAGAUCACCAACUCCUGCUUCGAGCCGGCCAACCAGAUGGUGAAGUGUGACCCCAGGCGUGGCAAGUACAUGGCCUGCUGCCUGCUCUACCGCGGAGACGUUGUCCCCAAGGACGUCAACGCCGCCAUCGCUGCCAUCAAGACGAGGCGCUCCAUCCAGUUUGUGGACUGGUGUCCCACGGGCUUCAAGGUGGGCAUCAACUACCAGCCCCCCACCGUGGUUCCUGGAGGGGACCUGGCCAAGGUGCAGAGGGCCGUGUGCAUGCUGAGCAACACCACGGCUAUCGCCGAGGCCUGGAGCCGACUAGACCACAAGUUUGACCUGAUGUACGCCAAGCGUGCGUUCGUGCACUGGUACGUAGGUGAGGGCAUGGAGGAGGGCGAGUUCUCUGAGGCCAGGGAGGACAUGGCUGCCCUGGAGAAGGACUAUGAGGAGGUGGGGGCAGACUCUGGAGAUGGCUGUGAGGAGGAGGAAGAUGAAUAUUGAAUCUGUUAGGCCUACGCGCUAUAACCUGUUAAAGUACUAUGUGGAUUUUGUAUUAAAAUAUACUAAGCAUUUA